AUGGGAGAUGACCGGCUUAGCGACCUGCCGGACUGCCUCCUCCACUCCAUCUUGUCUCUUCUCAAGGCCCGGCAAGUCGUGCAGACGUGCGUGCUGUCGCGGAGGUGGGAGCACAUCUGGCGCUCCGUGCCGUGCCUCGACAUCGAUCACCGGGACCUCGGGUCCUCGGUCGAGCUGUUCGAGGAGUUCGCUGACAACCUGCUGGCCCGCCGUUGCGCCUGGUCGCCGCUGGACACCUUCCGGCUGAACGCCGGCCCGACGUGCUGCACAUCGUCUUCCAGCCCCUGCAGGUGGAUUCGGCGCGCCCUCAAGUACCACUCCCCGGCGGUUGUCGACGUCCGCGGCGGGGCGGGUCACCGGGUCGUCUUACGUCCCCUGCUCCCCGGCCCCCACCGCCUCGCGAGGCUCCACCUGCAUAACGCAUGUCUCGAGGGUCACGACGCCCAAGGCCAGCUCGCUUCGGCUUUGGCUUCUGGGUUCCCGGUGCUGCAAGUCCUGGAGCUCAGGAACUGCUCCUACUGGCUACGUCGGAUCGAGUCUUCCAGCCUCAAGAGCCUCACUAUCCACAGCUGCCACAACAACGCCGAAGAAGACGUCGUCAUCGCCGCCCCACGCCUCGCCUCGCUGCGUCUCGGAAUCCUGUUCAAUCGCGAGAGGCGUCACCGCCGUUACCUCCAGCUGCGCGGGGGCGGCUUCACCGUCAGCGAGGCCCCGUCCCUUGUCGACGCGUCCAUCAGCGUCGUGGAUUGCGUGCCGUCCACCGUAGUUCAAUCGGAUCAGAUUAGUCUGCAGACCUUGGCAUUGUUCGGAACCUUGAGGAAGCUUCUUGGUUCCCUGGCCAAGUCCACAGUCAUCAGCCUGGAGCUGUCAGGCUUCAAAGCAACGUCCGGGGAAUGCCUACUUACCAUGCUAAAUGACAAGGGCCUCCAGUGGGCGUCCAGUGAUAUCUACGAGGAUAUUUCGCUCGAGUCGUUUCAGUCCCGCGCCGCACAAAGCGGCGAGUUCGCCCCGGUUCCUUUGCUGCAGGCUAUCUUAGACGACGCGCGAGGAACUCUGCCAGUUUUCCGCAACCUAACAACCUUGAUCAUGGACGAAUGCUACAUAAGCAACAACUUGCAAACGGUGUGGCGUUUCCUCCUGCUAACUCCUGUAUUGGAGAAGCUUACUCUGCAAUGCUGCAAGUUUCCAGAUGGCACAAGGAGGAAGAAAAGAAGGAACAUAUCAGACAAAGUUCCUAACCUCAAGUUGGUAGAAAUCAAGUAUAAAGAUAGGUAUGAGCAUGGCCUUGAUUCGGUCAGAUGUCGUGACCUUCAAAGACUCCUCAUCAUUGCGGAGGUCCGGUCACAAUAG